GUCGCGGCCGGUGCUGCCCCUGGCGCGCGUGUGUCUCCGCAGGCCGAAGCGGCAGCCGAAACCCUCCUCGGACGAGGGGUACUGGGACUGCAGCGUCUGCACCUUCCGCAACAGCGCCGAGGCCUUCAAGUGCUUGAUGUGCGACGUGAGGAAGGGCACCUCCACACGGAAACCUCGACCUGUCUCACAGCUGGUUGCACAACAGGUUCCUCAGCAAUUUGUGCCCCCUACACAAUCAAAGAAAGAGAAAAAAGACAAAGUAGAAAAGGAAAAAAGUGAAAAGGAAACAACAAGCAAAAAGAACAGUCAUAAGAAAACCAGGCCAAGGUUGAAAAAUGUGGAUCGAAGUAGUGCUCAGCAUUUGGAAGUUACCGUUGGAGAUCUGACAGUCAUUAUUACAGACUUUAAGGAGAAAACUAAGUCACCACCUGCUUCCAGUGCUGCUUCUGCAGAUCAACACAGUCAGAGUGGUUCUAGCUCUGACAACACAGAGAGAGGAAUGUCCAGGUCAUCCUCACCCAGAGGAGAAGCAUCGUCACUGAAUGGGGAAUCUCAUUAAAGUUUAUUUCCUCCAGUUUCAUUAGUCUCUUCAAAACAUGCAAAUACGUGGGACUGUUUGCAGAAUAUACUGAUAUAAUGGAUUACAAAAGAGCUGAAACUGUUUAAAGUAAGCAGUUUAGGGUUGUAAAUCUCAUUGCAAGAAGUUUUAUGAAAUGUGUUUAUGAAUGUUUAUGAAAUGUGAUUAUGGAAUUUGAAAUGUAAUGAAUUCUAACACAUUUCAGAAUUCCUUGCAAAGAAAUAGUAAUCUAUUACCAGUAUUUCAUUAAAUGGGAAAUGUAUUUUUAUUUCAGUUUAUGUGAAUAAACCACCCAGCAUUGCCAACAAAAGGACUCUAUCUCCAGAAUUAAGUAGCCUCUUGGUUUGAAAGGAAGGAUGAAGUGGAUUUUACUAUGAUUCAACUGUCUCUAGAGAAUAGUCUCAAAAAUGUGGAACAAGUAUGGUUAUCAAAAAUAAUGCAGAAAGUCUCAGUGUUCAUUAUGGAACAAGACAUUGAAGAGCAAUUUCUACUACAGGUGCUAAAGAAGUCAGCUAGGAUCUUAAAAGCUGUGGUGGUUUUAACUGAACAAUUAGGUUGCCAGAGUUUUAUUGCAAUGAUGCUUGUUUUAGCAUUAAGCAAAGUUAAGUUUUUGCCUGUUGGUGAUUAAAAGAAUAUGACAAUACUGACAGCAGAGUAGACAAAUUCUAAGCAAAAUAUUGCAUUUGAGUCUGUUCAUAAUAUAAUUUAAAUGAACUUCACUUCCAUAAUUUCUAAAUAAUUUUGACUUGUAGUAAUCCUAAAUCCUUUUUUCUAACUGUAAAUAUAUUUAAAAGCAUCUUUACUCCAUUUAUAAAAAGUGAAAAUUUAAUGUUGUAAUGUGUUCUGAUUAGCUAUUUUUCUCUGUGAUUGCUCUCUGCAUAAGAACUGUUAUUUGUUAAAUCUAUAUAUGCAUCAGUCUUCAACAGCCAUACAUCCUGGGAUGUUCAUGAAAUGAUGGCUCCACAAGGACAAGUGUGAUAGUGUUCCAUGUAAAUGAGUUCCUUUAUGUGCUGAUUGAUUGUCUGGUUUCAGAAAGGAAAAGGGGGGAGAAAUGGGGGAAAAUAAGUAUAAAUAGUUCAUUGAUCAAGUGUACAGUAAUUCAGUCUCUUAUCUUCCUAACUUUGCUAUUAAUUACAGGUGGUAUAAGAAAAAGAACAAAUAUACAGUUGACUGAUCUCUUUUUUUUCAUGAAUUUAAAUCUACGUAUUGGAGAUAAAAAUUCUUCUACUCAGUAGCAGGUUGAAUUAUACCAUAUAAAAUCUUGAUUCCAACAAAGGAGGUAGUAAUAAAUAAAUUACAUUUCAAAAUUUAAAAUUCUUGAUAUUAAGAGUCAAUAAUUAAGAAUAUGACUGAAGUUUUAACCUAUUAUGUGUUUAUCUAGAUAUUUGAUGUUUUGGGGCAUAGAUUGUAAAAUCUCAAAAACAGUUUGAUUUUAUAAUUUGUACACUUUACAUUUUUUUCAAUAUUAUGAGUAACACAUUUUCAAGUAGCCAUGCGAGACAGUACUUUCUAGAAUUUGUUCAAUUGGUUCAGUGUAGUGUUUAAGCAAGUCUUCUGAACUUCACAUCUUGCAUCUCAAAUUCUUUACUUUUUUCCUCUCCUGUCUCAAAAGCCUGACAGUUUCCUAUGUUUUGCUGAUUGAUUUUACUUUGUUAACAGGAUUGAUUUGGCAUGGAACUGUCUAUUGUGUACUUUUUAUCCAGGGUUCUUUAACUGUAUCUGUUUGUGUUUUUUUUUUUUUUCCUGUGACAUGCCUUUAUUUGGCUCUUCUCCCUCCUAGGGAGUGUGGGUAUAAUUCAUUCAAAAUCAGAAAUUGUAGGGAAAUAGAAAGGCAUUUACAUUUAAUUUCUCCAAAGGCAACAGCAAGUGCUAUACUUGUAAUAAAUUUAGCCUGUGUUUACUCAGGAAUAAGAUAGAAAAGAUAAAAAGUUAAUGCUGGCUUUGGCAAGUGGACCAGUCAGUCAAAUGUGGCAUUUUGAAAAUGCUUACUUUUAUCUCAAUGUUAAGAUUUGGGUGUGCUGGAAACACAGCUUGAGCUUUCAGAGGUUUUCUUAACCUGAAAUUAUGCCCCAACUUAUGUCAGAGCAGUCUCAGUUUGAAAGGUUAUAACUUCAAACUAGCAAAAACUGUACAGUAAAAACAGGCAAACUGUAGAAGCUCAGAUGGGGUUUUUUGUGUUGUUAAAGUUUUAAAAAGAGGAGAAAGGGUUAAAAGAGACUUAGAAGACUUGUCUAAGACCACAAUCAUAUUUAGAUUAGCUUGACAUCUAAAGAACCCAUGUUUUAACAGGAAUUAACAGGAUUUAACCACUAAUUAGACUUGGAAAAUUACUUCAUAAGUGAAUUACAAAUCAGUGCUCUAUAGAAAUUAUUGUAACUUCCUGUUUAGAAUGGAGUAAAUGGUACAACAGCAAUGGAAAUCUGCAUGCUUGCUGAAAAAUGCUAUUAUCCAACAGCAUGUGAUGUUUACAUGAUUUUGCUAAGACAUUAUGCCAAAAGAUUGUGAUGUCUGUGAAUGAGGCCUAAAUUGUACCACUAGAUGCAAACAGUGAAAGAAAAUGCAGUGAAAAAACAAACAGUUUCAGAUCCUAGUCUUAGUAAUGCAGGAGCUUAUUACAGCCUCUAUUUAAGUGUGUUGGUAAAAAUUAAUAAAAACAAGCCACCACUGAAUCACUCUGUAUUCAAUCCUAAUCUUGCCCCUUUUAUUAUGGAGACAGAUAAAAGUCAUCAGAAUGAACUUGCUCUGUUCUUGCUAAUGGCAGAUUUUAAAAGUAGACAGUUUAAUGUGCACAGGAAGUUGUAGGUGUACUUUUAAGAAGCUAAACAUGGAAGAUAAAGGGCAAAAGCAUAUUCUAUAGCUCUUAAUGAUUAUUAUUAAUAAUGAUUAUGAGAGAUUGCUGUCCCAUUUGGGGUUUUGUAAAAGACAAAAUUGUAACCUUAUCUAAUAGCUCUUUUCCAUAUGCUGAAAAAGAAAAUUACCACCAAAAAUAUUGUUCAGUAACAAUAGUCUAAAAAGUAGUUCUAAAAUUUUAAUUUUCUGGAAAGUAUAGUAUAUCUUGGCAGAUGGAGGACUAUUUGAGCAGGACUAUACUUUCAGGAUCUAGGCCACCUGGAAAAGUGUAGUCUUUGGUUACACUGUUUCCUGUCAUGGUUUAACCCCACCUGGCAAGUAAGUACAGUGACUGGAGUAGACAAACACCAUCCCUCCAAACAUUUUCCUCUUUCUUCUUCUUCCCUCAGCCACACAUGCUGAGCAGAACACCACAUGGUCUGGGAUAUCCCUGUGGUCAGCUGUCCCCUCACAAUUCCUUGUGCACCCCCUGCCUCCUCACUGGUGUGACAAUAGGAGAAACAGAAAAAGCCUAGACUCUGUGUAACCUCUGCUCAGCAACAGCUGAACUAUCUCUGUGUUAUCAACAGUGUUUCCAGCACAAAUCUAAAACACAGCCACAUGCCAGCUACUGUGAAGAAAAUUAACUGUCCCAGCCAAAACCAGCACAUCUGCAUAUAAAUACUGAUCUUGGUCAAAGCAAAGUGAACAUGCUUCCUCAAGCUUUUAAGACAUGCAGCUGUAGACCAAUGGAGCUCUAAUUUACAGUGGAGCUACUGAGAAGAUAGCUGAGGAAAGGAGACAAUUGAUGUAUUUUUUUUUGAUAGCUUGCUAACCACAGGCAUGUAAUUUUCCUCUUCUGUAUGAAGAAACAAAAGGAUGCAGAAAAAGGAAAUAAAUGUGACCCAGGCUCAUGAAAUGUGGCUCAUGACCCUCUUCCCAAGAUCACUAGAUUCUACAAACUGCAAAUGCUGUUUGGUUCAAAGAUAGUCCCAGUUAUUUGUCACUAAAGAAGGAUGGAGUUGUUCAAUUACUUUGCAUCUGUUAAGACAAGUGAGAGGUAAGGCCAGUUCUACUUUCUGAAUACUCACUUUGUGAACACAGAGAUCUAAUUUGCCAUUUAUAUGCAUCUAAUAUACAGCUGUCAUCCAUGAAUCUAUUUCAAGCUGAUUCUUCUUUGCACAGAAUAAAUAAAAAUGCUUCAAUGACAAGCCCAGUUCCUGAUGGCACAGAUCUCUGAGCAGGAAAGUCUGGCAUCUGAUUGAUCAUCUCUUUCUGUAACAGCCUUCAGCUAUUAAUUGCCUAGAAUUAAUCUAGGCAAGGGAAAUCUCUUCAGGUUACAUGUAUUAUCAUUACUCCCACCUCUGAAGGAAACACAUUCUGAUUCCUGAUACCUUCUUCUCUCUUCUGUUUCUCUUAAAUACAUUUAUAGUAUAAGUGGAUGCAGUGAGUUUGAAAUAAUUUAUUAUGCCUGCUUUUUAAAGUGGGGAAUUUGACUGCUGUUCCCAGUUCUUGAACUAUAUUUUGGUUUCUUUAAGAUCAGCAUGGUGUCAUACAGAAUAAUGGCAUGUGAGAGCUUAGAGGUCAAUAUCAAUUUUGUCACUGUUGCCUUUGUUUCUAUAUAAUUGACUACCUGAAGAGAUUCUUGCUGAGCAAACUUAGUUACACUGAUUGUGUACCAUUCAAGCAUUCUGUCUGAGGUAUCUGGCAUUCUAUGAUGCCAAUUAUCUGUAUUUCUGCAAAUGGUGUCAUUCUAUGCUGGGAGGCUUCCAAAUGUGGCAAAAUAAGCAAAAUACUUUCCAGGUGAUGGAGGCAAAUGUUGCCAAGUAAAAUGCUUUUAGUCCCCACUGGAGAAGGAGAUCUGAGGAGCAUGCACAGAUACUGAGUGCUUUCUCUGCUUUCCUACUGAAAUCCCAAGUAGGAAACUUCUUUUUCUAAAAUGUCAGACACCUUCAAAAACCCCCAGUCCAAUAAAAAAACAGAGUAAUAAGGAGGGGGAAAGGAAGAACAAAGAAAAUGUAUUUUCAGACUAAUCCCUAGAAAAGCCAUAUAAUGGCUUCUUUGUCUUUUUUGUCUGUUUAGUGUCCCUAUCUCUAUGUACUGUACUGGAAGUAGGCAACACACACUUCUUAGAGGUAUGUCUUGCUGUAUAACUCUUGAUGGCUGUUGGUUGAAUGACAUUUGGACUAAAGAUGUAGGGUUUUGUGAAUUAAAUAGUAACUACCAUGAAUAUUCACUCUUGUAUACAAGUUAUUUAUUGAAAGGGUGGAAGUUUAGAUGAAAGAGUUAGGAACAAAAUGAAUUCCUGUCAUACAAUUAGCUACUACACAAUUUUAAAGGGUCUAAUUCCUGGACUGCUAAGAAAAGGAUAGCUUUAUGUUGCAAGGGUGAUAUGAACCUAGACUAGAAUGGAUGUGGCUUCUGAAGAGUUUUGUGGCCAGUAAUUCAUACGGCUGUUUUCAGUGAUUAUUCCACACCUUAACCUGUUUAUCUUGAAGUGUUGUUAGAGCAUCCUCACAAACAAAUCAAAACUACCAACAGUACUGUCAGAUGCUCUUAAAAUUUACUAAGUGCCUUACACAGAGCAUCACUGAGGCAAUGAUUCAAUUGCAAGGAAGUUUGAUAAAAGAUUUACUCCUCUGGUUGAAGUCACAGGUUGUUGGUUGUAACCAAGGUUAUGUUCCUGGUUAUACACAUUAGAAUCUUACAUUUUAUUGCUGAUAGGAGUACCUAAUAAAAAACAGUCCAGAAAUUUUUGAGGCUUUCAAUUUGUAAAACACCCAUUGUUUGGAGGAGAUUUUUUCUUUUAGCCAAUUGUGAUGGUCUACUGGAAUAUCACAGAAGUGAAUAAAACUUGUGAGUAUUUCUGGAUGCUUUCACAUUUCUCAGUUUCUCAGUCAAGGACGGUAUUACCUUUCUUGGGAAGGGGUAUCUAAGUUGGUUUUGUUCAUAGGGAUUAUGUUUAUCCAACUAGUUUUUAAAGGAUUUUAUUAUUAGAAAAAGGGCUUGUUAUUUUGAAAACAAAAAUCUUACCUGCCAGGUGUCUUCCCCAAAAUGAGUAAGUGCCUUUUCUGUUCUGACUCUUAGAAGUAUUUACUUUGUCAGAUUGAAUCUGAAUGUCCUGGAUAAACCAACUAUGAAGUACCAAGUGUUACCAAUGGCUUGAAAUCCUUUCACUGAACAACAAGAGACAGAUUGUAAGCCACUUGAAUUGUUUUGAGACCUGAUGUUAUCAGAAGUUUUAUAACUGCUACGAGUAGUAUACUUCUAAGAACAAUGUAACUUUUCAGGAACUUGAUAUUGAUAGGAAAUAAAUAUUUAUUAGAAGGAGUAUAUUAAAUAAAUAUUUAUUUACCAAUUUGAGUAAGAGAAAAUGUUACACCAUGGGGGCAACAGUCUUGCUGUUAGCAGUCCUGACUACUUAAUGGAAAGUAAAACUGAGGCCCUGGACACUAACUAUAAAAAAAGGGGUAGUAUUUGGUGAGAGAUUUGGACUGUGAAUCUUGUGUCCACAUUCUAAUAAAGUAAUUUUUCCUACCUAAGUGUUUACCAAUUCUCAAGCAGAAAAGAAAGCAUGAGCAGAUAUCAGUAAGAGGCCCUCUGGUUUAAUUGGUGCUGCUUCCUAUCUCUGGUGGAUUUUUUUUUAUUUUUUUUUAAACUUUGCUCAGGACUGGUACAGCUGAAAGUAUAUUUUCCCUUCAUUCUUAAGCCUAGACUUUGAAUGGAGUUUCUCUGAGACACUUUUGUAGUGAAAUCGUAUUCCCUACAAACAUUGAAGACAAAAAUAAACAUCUCUGUGAAUGAAA